AUGAUGUCCAAUCAAGAGCUAAAGUCAGAAUGCCAGUCCUCUCCAGCCGUCCGAGCCUCCUGCGGUGGUUCCUUCGAUGGUGCAAGAGAUAAGGAAGAACUGGGUGGGUUCUUGGGACGUUUGGACUUUCUCCACUGCUCCCCGUCCGCUUCACCUGGCCUUCCUCCAAAAUCUGAAAGAGGAUGUCUGACCCACCCGCCGCCCAUUCACUCCUGCGGUGGUUCCUUCGAUGGUGCAAGAGAUAAGGAAGAACUGGAAAAGGAUAUGCAUCAAGACGAAAGUGAAUAUACCAAAGAGAAAUGUCAAAAAACCUUGGCAUUCUUACGCGACGCUUCAUCAGUAGUGGGUAGUGGACUCGGCGCGUAUUUUAGACGAUUUUCGGAAUCUCUUUCGGAAGAAGCCGACGUCCGCCUUGAACAGUCAGCCUUCAGCUGGUUCAAGGCGUGUCCCUUCUGUAGGGCUGACCGAAAGUCGCUGACAUUUCACAGUCAUCUCGAGCCCGAGAAACAUGGAAAGCGAUGUCGAACACGGUUUGGUCAGAACGAGAAUGAAAAAGACAAGAAAUUUGUUUACGGUCCCGGUGCUUGUGUAGGAGCUAACGCUCUGGUGUUCCAUUGUCUCAACUGCAAGAAAACUUCUAAGAUUCGUCUGCCAAAACCUGGAAAAGCAAGGAGUUUUUCGACUGGCAAGAAGAAAAUCGGAGUGAUCGAAAAGUCGAAAAUUAUUAGUGAUCCGCAGAAAAGAAUGCAGAAAGCUGCUAGGUUGCGUGGGUUAUUGGCAGAAGCAGCGAAGCAAAAACUCGAGAAAUUCAAGAGCAAGCCAAGAUUAAAUGAUUUCUUUGACUUUUUGCAGAUUUUGGUGCGCGGCGUUGUGUGGGGCUUCAAAAAUAUGCCGAUUGUCCCUCUGAAGCCCGCGGUGGACAAAUCUACUGUACGUUGCCAAAAAUGCCUUGAAUUUGGUCAUUGGACGUACGAAUGUAAAGGGAAAAGAAAGUAUGUUCACCGUGCAUCGCGAUCAACCUUGCUGAAGAAGCGUUUGCGUGAAAUAGAACACGCGUCGUCAAUUGAGAAUGGGCAAAAGAAUGAAGGUGACCCGGCGAAGCUAUCCGAAAAAUUGAAAAUUCGUGAGAAAACAGAAGAUGACAAUCAUGGGACCAGCUCGGAUUCAUCUAGUUCCGAUUCAUCUGAUUCGGAUUCUUCUAGCUCGGAUUCCAGCGAAUCCGACUCUUCGGACUCAUCAAGUUCCGAUUCAGGUUCUUCGUCUUCGUCUGAUGGCGAAUGCUCUGAUGCAGAUUUAGAAGCGCUGAAAAGUAUGCUCGAACAAGCACAAGCUCAAACAAAGAAUUUGAAAAAGAGGAAGAAGAAAAAGUCCGAUAAACCCGCGCAAAAGGAAAUUUCCGAUUCUGAUUAA